AUUCGCAUUUGGAUAUGUCAAUAGAGGUUUUUUUAAGAACACACAAUAAAAUUUGCAAUAAAUUUCAUUUUCAAUUAAAAACCACUGUAAAUAGUGUGAUUCAUCGGCAAAAAUGAGUGCAUUACUCAAGCAGGGUUUGCUGCACAGUGAAAACAUCUUGGUGCAAUGUAAACGAUACGGGAGCAAAAUAAAUAUACAAAGACCACGUCCGCCACAUUACACUCGUAAAUUGUUCAAUGCGGUCACAGAGCCGGUAUACCCGCGUCGAACAGCCAUCGAUUUAUGCCAGGAAAAAUUGGCACUGCAACAAUUGGAGAAACAGCACAGAGAACAGAAUGUUUUGCAUCCAUAUGAAGGUAUCUUGGCCAAAGAGUUGUUCAGUUUUUUCGAUUCGGCAAAAAUGAUUUUGAUUUGCCACAAGAAUUCGAUGGAUGGAUUUGAGUUUUUCAAUUUCAAAGUGGCCAUGCACAAGAAGAAUAUUAAGACGAAAAUUAUGUCACGAAAAAUCAUUAAAGGAGCAAUAGGGGAUACUAAAUUCAACGCAAUGUUACCGUUGCUAAUGGAUACACCAUACAGUUGCAUGCUAUUCAGUGACGAAUGGAAUGUAAACGAUGCGUUAGCGGUGCUGAAAAAAACACCAAAAGUCAUUCUGCUGGCGGGUACACUGGGCGAUCGAUACAUGAGCCGAAAUGAAUUGGAAAACUAUGCUAAGCUGCCAGAUUUGACAACGGUACGAGCUCAAUUUGUGGCGACAAUGAAUUCGGUUGGCGGUCAACUAACAAAUCAUCUGCAAGCACAUCAAAGUAAUUUUGCGUACAUGCUUGACGCACACGCGGAUGCAUUGAAAAAUGCAAACACCGGCACCAGCACGACCAACGUUGAUAAAUCGAAUAAUACGACGACUGACAAAUCCACAUAAGUUAAGAAAUCGAAUGUACCUUGUUUACAGAUGAAAUGAACUAAAUAGUGAAUAAAAAACAUAACAAAUUGAUUACAGAA